CUAAAAACAGGAAGCAAAGAGACAUGCUCAUGCAUCUAAACGAAGACGAUCGAAUUGAGCACAAUAAUUAAAGCGUCUGUAAAUAGUAAAACAAAAAGCUUUCCAUCGCAGCCUUCAACGCGAGAGGGGACAGCCUACCGCAACGAAAUCACAGCUGGUUAAAGAGUCGUGGAUGCAUUUGAUCAAUCCAAACGCACUGGGAUAUCAAGUCUGCAGCUGAGUCAGCAAGUCUGUGUUGACAGUAUGGGACAGCACCUGGCAAAGCGUGAGCAGCAAACAGAGAGCAAGCCUCCCUCACCAGAACCAGCACCAGAACCAGAACCAGAAAUAGAACAAGAACCGGAACCAGAACCAGAAGUCCAGAGCCCAGUGGAGACAGAAACCCAGGAUGAGGUUUUCGGCGAGGCAGAUGUGAACCAGAACAAUGACCACCCGUCCAAGAGGCCGGCGGUGACUGACUCCACGGGUGCGGAGGCCCCCGAGGAGGCCUGGAGCGGCGCCAGCGCAGCUGACCCGGGCGACGGGCCCCGCCCCCACUUGGUCCGCCUCUUCUCCCGAGAUGCCCCGGGCCGCGAGGACAACACCUUCAAAGAGCGCCCCUCGGAGUCCGACGAGCUGCAGACCAUCCAGGAGCACAGCGGAGCAGGCACGGAGAGCGGCUCGGAGUAA